GAUGCGCUGGGAUUCCCAGGAGCGGAUUCCCUCUAAGUGACGGCACGUUUCUAUAUUCUGGUGGCUGUAAGCUGACAAGAACAGUAUUGCAUGAGUGAGACAACGUAACCGACUGGGAAAUACUUACAUGGAUUGGCUCCAGAGUGUGUGGAUCAUGGGCACACUACAUAUGAUGCAGGUAUAAAGUAUUUACCACAAAACCGGAAAGACAAGAAGAAGAAAGCGUUACACAAUGCAAUCAGCCUGCAAAAACAUUGCGUUCAGGCUUGUCAUUGGUACUUCAGCUCGCCGAGUGUUUGCACCACGGCGCCGGCCAGGGACAGGGGAUUUAAGAGGGUCGGUAGACCCAGCAGCCUCCAGCACUUGACUUCGCUUUGAUUCUCUCCAGACACGAGACCGCAGAGUUGGGGGAACGAGACGACUCGCAAGCAGGCGAGAGAGAGAGAAAGAGAGAGAGGGUGGAGUAGAGAGUUAGCGACCGCAAAGGGGCAGGACUUUCCUCCCCCCUCUCUCCCUAGUGCUUUUAAGAGGAAACUUUGUGUUUUGUUCUUCAAGUUCAGCCUCGUCUUUGCAAACUCUGCUGCUCUGUCUGCACCUCUCUCUGGCUUUCUCUCAGCUUUGUCUUUCACUCUACCGAUGCCUUUGUUCUUUCGUCUCUUCUUACUUUUCCGGGGGAGUUUGAGUAUCAGGAGAAGAUGCACAUUCAAAUAAAUCGCUGUCAGUGCACUUCCAGAAGUUCUUCUAUUCACCGGUGUUUGCUCUCCGCGGUCUGCUGACCGAAAGGCGAAUGUUCCGGUGCGGACUGCUUGUUUUCGGGUGAAGAUGGUUUGUGUUUUCCGCUCUUGCACCGGCGGUGCGGUGCUGCUGAGAGUAUUGCUACUAUGCGCUGUGGAGUUCCGCACCGGCGAGGCCGUGCACGGCGGGAGUAUGAUCACUUUCAGAGCGCUCGCCUCACCUGUGAAUGAGUCGGUCCCGCCACCGGCUGAGAGCGUGGAUGGACUAGUGCGGACAAUAGACAGAAUUUAUCACGGAGGCGGAAAAGCGGGGUACCUGCUUUACCUAGACGGGAAGCGCUUCCAGUUGGAUAUGGAGAGGGACGAGGCGCUUCUGUCACAUCACUUCAGCUCCAAAUAUGUGACUUCGCAGCUGGGGGCGGAAGAGGGCGCACCGGCCCUGCACCGGGAGUGUGUUUACAGAGGCACCGUGGACUCGAAUCAGGAGUCCUUAGCGGUGUUUAACUUGUGCGGUGGCGGUCUCGAAGGAUUUUUCGCGGUGGAACAUGCCCGUUACACUAUCAGACCGCUGGUACGAGCCAAAGGUCACGAAAACGAUGUGCACGUGAUAGAGGAUGCAGACGCAGAGCGCGCGCUUCACUACUUCAUCCGCGAGAGCUUCAGUUUCGAGGAGAUGUCCACCGGCGAGAGCUGCGGCACAAGGGAGAGGCGACGCCGGAAAGACCCCUCAGGGAAGCGUCGGCGGAAGGGCCGGGGAAAGGGCAAGAACAGUCGUCACGGAUAUGCUCUGAAGGAUGACGACCAACACGGAGCGCAAGGGAGGCGGUGGUGGGAGAAGUUCUCCAAGUCCGUGACAUUCCAGAGCGACAAUGUCAAAAGGCGCAAAAGGUCUGUGUCCCGCGCCAGGUAUGUCGAGCUACUGCUCGUUGCCGACGAGUCCAUGACAAAGAAGUAUGGCAAAGACUUGAACCACUACCUACUGACGCUUGCCUCAAUCGCCUCCAAGCUGUACGGACACGCCAGCAUCGAGAAUCCCAUUCGACUGUCCGUGGUGAAAGUGGCCACGGUGACGGAGAAGGAGAAAGGUCUUGAGGUGUCCAAAAACGCGGCGGCAACCCUUAAGAGCUUCUGCAAGUGGCAAAACCAGCAGAACCCGCUGGAUGACGAUCAUGAGGACCACCAUGACGCGGCAAUUCUCUUCACCAGGCAGGAUCUGUGUGGGCACCACUCCUGUGACACUCUGGGUAUGGCAGACGUUGGCACCAUCUGUUCGCCGGAGCGGAGCUGUGCUGUGAUAGAGGAUGACGGCCUGCACGCUGCCUUCACCGUCGCUCAUGAAAUAGGCCACCUGUUGGGCCUUUCCCACGAUGACUCUAAGUUCUGCGAGGAGCGUUUCGGCUCGUUGGAAGACAAGAGGCUCAUGUCGUCCAUCCUCACGUCCAUCGACGCAUCCAAGCCCUGGAGCCGCUGCACCUCCGCCACCAUCACCGACUUCUUUGACGAUGGCAACGCCGAGUGUCUGCUGGACACCCCGCGACAGCCCCUCCUGGGCCCCGAGGAGCUGCCGGGCCAGAGUUACGACGCUGUGCGCCAGUGCCGACUGGCCUUCGGUCCCGAGUACACGGUGUGCCCAGGCAUGGACGUGUGCGCCCGCCUGUGGUGCGCCGUCAUCCGCAAGGGCCAGAUGGUGUGCCUGACCAAGAAGCUGCCCGCCGUGGAAGGCACCCCAUGCGGCAAGGGCCGCAUCUGCCUGCAGGGCAAGUGUGUGGACAAGACCCGCAAGAGACAUUACUCGGCCUCCAACCAUGGCAGCUGGAGCUCUUGGGGACCGUGGGGUUCGUGUUCCCGUUCGUGUGGUGGCGGGGUGCAGUUCGCCCAGCGCCUGUGCAACAACCCUCCGCCCCGCAACAACGGCCGCUACUGCACAGGCAAGAGGGCCAUCUACAGGUCCUGCAACGUGGUGCCCUGCCCCCACAACAGUAAGACUUUCCGUCAGGAACAGUGCGAGGUGAGGAACGGCCCCCAGACAGACCCAAAGGGUGUGAAGACGCAUGUGGAGUGGGUACCCAAGUUCGCCGGCGUCCUGCCCAAAGACGUGUGCAAGCUGACAUGCCGGGCCAAGGGCACAGGCUACUACGUGGUGUUCUCCCAGAGGGUGACCGAUGGGACAGAGUGCAGGCCGUACAGCGGCUCAGUGUGUGUGAAGGGGAAGUGUAUCCGUACAGGCUGUGAUGGCAUCAUCGGCUCCAAACUACAGUAUGACAAAUGUGGCAUCUGUGGAGGAGACAGCAUGAGCUGUAUCAAAGUAAUGGGCAACUUCACCAGGAAGAGUAAGGGCUACACGGACGUGGUGAAGAUCCCAGAGGGCUCCACGCACAUCAAGGUGCGCCAGCACAAGCCCAAGGGUCAGCUGGGCGCUUACACGGCAUGCAUCUGGCCCAUAUACCGCCCAGCGGGCGGCGAAUACCUGCUCAACGGCAAGUUCAUGAUCUCCACCAGCGAGACCAUCAUCCCGCUCAACGGCAGCGUGCUCAACUACAGCGGCUGGAGCCAGCGCGACGAGGAGCUGCACAGCAUGGGGCCCGGCGCGCUGCGCGAGGCCGUCACCGUCCAGAUCCUGGCCACGGACAGCAAGAAGCCGCUGGACAUUCGCUACAGCUUCUUCAUGCCACGGCAGGGGUGGUCGGCGUCGCUGGGGUCCAACGGUGAGGGGACGCCGUCGUCUUCGGCGGUGGCAGCGGCGGAGUCCCCGGGAGCGGAGUUGGCAGUGCCAACGGCGGUAUCGGCUCGGUGGCGCCUGGCCCUCCUCCUCGAGGCCGGCCCAGCGGCUCCCCGCCCUCGCCGGGCGCAGUGGGUGGCGGGGUGGAUGAGCUGCUGCAAGCAUGGAUCGUGCGACACAGGCUGGCAGAGCCGCACCGUCCAGUGCAAGGACUCGCAGGGCCGGCUGGCCAAGGGCUGCCCACUCAACGCCCGGCCCUCGGCCUUCAAACACUGCCUGAUCAAGAAGUGCUGAGGAGCCCUGGUCCUUAGGGGGACAGACAAAAAGGGAGGAGAGGAGAGUAAGAAAGGGCAUUGGAGCACUCUCUCUCUCUCUCUCUCUCUCUCUCUCUCUCUCUCUCUCUCUCUCUCUCUCUCACACACUCACACAUACUCUCCCUCGGCCUCUUCCUGGACGGUGCCACAGACUACCAGAGGUCACUUGGCUUGACCCCUGCCUUCCAUUUGAGCUUUUCCGCAGCUUGAACAAACGCUAUUGAGAUUUUUCCGGAGGCGUGCCUGUAACUGCUUUAAGAAGCCCCUCCUUUUUUGCCUGGGUCUGUCCCUCCCCUCUCCUCUUGUCCCACCGCCCCCCAUCAUAAGUCCCCAAAGCCACUUCCUCUUCCUGAACGCCAUGCCCCGCCCCCUCUCUCACGCAGUCCAGAAUAUUCCUCUUCUCUCUCCGUCCGUCUUCAGAGCAAAACUUGAAGCGCUGGCCAUUCUUCUCAUAUAGCACGUCUGCUGGUGUUUGAGGUUGAGCCACUGCCCUGGACGCCAGGGGUUUGAACUGUGACUGGGCACAGUGUGUGUGUGUGUGUGUGUGUGUGUGUGUAUGUGUGUAUGUGUGGUCGGUCGGCCGAACUGCCCAGCACAGACCAAGUGUGUGUCAGGGACCAUGGGGGACACAGAAGCAGUCCAGAGCUGCUGAACUACAACCACAGGGGAGCAGCACUGACGUGAGUACUGCUGCUUACCCUGGAUGGACACUGGGGGCUUGUCAGGCCAUGUGUGUGUGUGUGUGUGUGUGUACAUGUGUGUGGGUGUGUGUGUCUUCUCCUCCUCAGAGACUGUGUUUGGGAAAUGAGAAGCCUGACAGUGUGUACAAUACAGUUCCACCACCAGUUUGUGUGUGUGUGUGUGUGUGUGUGUGUGUGUGUGUGUGUGUGUGUGUGUGUGUGUGUGCAUUGUGUGAAUGAGUGAAUUAAAAUGUUUUUUGUUUUUUGUGUUGUGUUCUUUUUGUUAACUUUUUUUUGCUUUUGGACUCUUCGGAAGGACACUUGGUGCAGUUUCAUAUGUGUUGCCAUGGGAACCCAGGAGGGGGGGGGUGCUACCAUUUGUAAAACAGUUUCCAUGGUUCUAAUGUAUGUCCGUCUGCUUGUCUUAAAUUGACAAUGUGUGCCCUAAAAACUCGCAAAGCACAGCAUGAGGGGAACCUAUCCUGUCAAACAGGUCCAAUUACUCCUCAGUCUCUCUCUCCCUCUCUCUCGUUCUCUCUCCCUCUCUCUCUCUCUCUCUCUCUCUCUCUACUUUGUCAUUCCUCAUUCACUCUGAUCCUCUCCACAGUCAACUCCUCUUUGUUGAAAUGGACAUUUUAAGCUAAAGACAUUUAAACACAGAAAACAAAUACCAUAAGGACACACACACACACACACACACACGCACACACACAUAUGCACACACACACAUGCUCACAGUCAGUAACUGGAUAUUAUGAUGCCCUUUUCAGAAGUGCACAGAUCCUAAGCAUAAUAACAGUAGCCUAAUAAAGGUAUGUGUCUGGACUAGAGAUAACAUGUAACUCUUAUCGUACAUGCAAAAUAAAGAAUACACAUAUCUGACAUCCAGAUUAAGGCAGUUGUCAGAGGGGGUGAACCACCACUGUAAACUGAGAAAGAACAGCGGCUUACUCCAGCACCGUAUAGCAUUCUGUAUUACCUGUAGUGUAAUGUGUGUGUGUGUGUGUGUGUGUGUGUGUGUGUGUGUGUGUGUAGAAGGUGGGUGGUGGGUGUGCAGUCUCACCUUGAAUUUCGAAGCCUUAAUUAUUCACAGACCCCAUAGGCGGUCUAAACCCCGCCUAGACCACAGCCUUGGGGUCCGCCUGAGUACAGCCAGUUUGAAUGCCAUGCAGUCACAUAAAGACAAGGGCAAUUCACAACCUCAUCUACUCCCUAGACCUUUAGACAUAUAACUGAACAAAUGCCUGUCCCACAUGACCAUACACACACACACACACACACACACACACACACACACACACACACACACACACACACACACACACACAGAAGUGUAGCUUUCCUAAACUCAAAGUAUUCAAUGUCUUCUUACUUUUCUCUCUCUCUCUCUUUCUAUCUCUCUCUCUUCUGCUCAGACCACCGCAAACACGGCACUGAAUUUAUAAUUUAUUGUUUGUAAACUGGUAUGUGAAAGAUAAAAAAAAAACAUGCUGAAUCUAUUUAUUAUUAUGGGUCAUUUUGUAUGAUAAGUACUAUUUAACUAGGACUAUGACUGAGCAGAUUAUUUCCUUUUAAAGAAAAUAGUGUUGUUUUGUUUUUUGUUUUGUUUUUUCCCCAGUUAUUUGUAUGACCAUGUGUAUAUAAAAAAAAUCUAUAUUUAAAUGUCUACAAUUUAUUCUUCUGUUUGACAAGGUGUGUUUAGGACAAGUAUUAUUCCAUCAAUCCUUCAUCCACCCAUCCAUCCUUCCUUUCUCCUCAUCCAUGCAUCCCUCCAUCCUACCUACCGUUCUCUCGAUUGUACAUGGAAACAAUCAUCUGAAAGCCAUUUUUUACACUCAAGUGCUUCGAACUCAAUUGGAUCUGUGAGGCGUCUGAUGCCUGGGUCUUUCUUUAUGACUUGGUUUGAUUAAACAUACCACUGAAUGCA